UGUCUAGUUGCCGAGUGUAGUCGGUCCUGAAAAAGAAUCUGAGGGGUUUAAAAGUUGUUUUCUUUUAGUUUUGUUGAAAUCAUUGUGAGUUUGCUCAGGCGUUCUGGUAAAAUUAUGGCUUCCACGGAUGUAGCUCGACAGCCGGAUAAAGGAGCCCGGCCCUUGUCCCUAGCUGGCCAUGUCGGCUUUGACAGUCUCCCAGAUCAGCUUGUCAACAAGUCCAUCAGUCAGGGCUUCUGCUUCAAUAUUCUCUGCAUCGGUGAGACUGGUAUUGGCAAGUCUACACUGAUGGACACACUGUUUAACACCAACUUUGAGAACUUUGAGUCGUCCCACUUUGAACCUCAGGUGAAGCUACGGGCUCAGACCUACGACCUGCAGGAGAGUAACGUCAGGCUCCGUCUCACUGUGGUCAACACCGUUGGCUUUGGGGACCAAAUGAACAAACAAGAAAGCUAUCAGCCGGUGGUGGAUUACAUUGAUAAGCAAUUUGAGACUUACCUUCAGGAGGAGCUGAAAAUCAAGCGCUCUUUGCACAACUACCAUGACUCACGAGUGCAUGCCUGCUUGUACUUUAUCUCCCCCUCGGGUCAUUCGCUCAAAUCCCUGGACCUUGUUACAAUGAAGAAGUUGGACAGCAAGGUGAACAUAAUUCCAGUCAUUGCCAAGGCGGAUACCAUCAGUAAGAGCGAGCUGCACAAGUUCAAGAUCAAAAUCAUGAGCGAACUGGUUAGCAACGGCGUUCAGAUCUACCAGUUCCCGCUUGACGAUGAGACCGUGGCAAAGGUCAACACCACUAUGAAUGGCCAUCUCCCAUUUGCUGUCGUGGGCAGCACAGAGGAAGUGUGUGUUGGCAAUAAGAUGGUGAAAGCUCGCCAGUAUCCAUGGGGUGUUGUUCAAGUGGAAAACGAGCACCAUUGUGACUUUGUGAAACUGAGGGAGAUGCUCAUUUGUGUAAACAUGGAAGACUUGAGAGAGCAAACCCACACACGCCAUUAUGAGCUUUACCGGCGCUGCAAAUUAGAAGAGAUGGGAUUUAAGGACACGGACCCGGAAUGCAAACCUGUCAGUUUACAGCAGACGUAUGAGGCCAAGCGUCAGGAGUUCCUGGCUGAGUUGCAGAAGAGGGAGGAUGAGAUGAGGCAAGUUUUUGUGCAGAGGGUGAAGGAGAAGGAAGCAGAGCUGAAGGAGGCUGAGAGGGAGCUGCAGGGUCGUUUUGAGCAGCUGAAGCGUCUUCAUGCAGAGGAGAAAGCAGCUCUCGAGGAGAAGAAGCGUCUUCUGGACAACGACCUGACUUCUUUUGGGAACAGAAGAACUGCAGCUGCACUGCUUCAGCCCCCGGGCUUCACAGUCAAUGGGAAGAAAGACAAGGACCGGAAGAAUUCUGGCUUCAUGUGAAGAUGUAAGAGAUCUGAAGUGCACAUCAUUAUGACCAGUGUAACCAGUGGCCUUUUGUCCACAUUCUUUUAAGCCAGUCCAGGACACUAACGAGAAAAAGACAGAACAUAGGGCUGUACCGUAUAUUAGCUUGAGCUGCCAAAGUUUAAACACAUUUUCCAAAAAACUAUGUACACUAUCUUCUGAUGUAUUUGUAAUCUUUCUUCAGGGUUUUUUUUUGGCCAGGCUAAAGAGAAAACAUUUCAAAUGUUGUUUACAAAUCACUUAGACUGGUACAAAAAUACAUUUUUGGUGGGAUUUUUUUCUACAAAAGUUGCUUAUUCUCCCUCUUUUGUCCCAUUGUGUCCUUUUCAGACUUGCCAGAGUUUCUCCCUUGUCAGCAAUCCAGCUAACACAUUAUUUUAAAAUCAUUACAACCAGGUCAUUUUUCUUCUUUUUUGAUUAUUUUGUUUUUAUAUGCAAGUUAAGCUUAAAAUUAACUUAAUACAUUUGUUGCUAAAUUCUAAUUCAUCUAAUUUGAUCAAUUAGAUUUCCCCUUAAACAUUGAAAUAUGUCUUUUAAAAGGGUUUAAACUUCAAUACCUUUUUGCAAAUAUAUUUUACUACAUUAAUCUUUAAAAAUUAGGUCAAAGGGCAUUCUUUAUGUUUUUUUCCUUUUUUUGCUUAGAGUUUUGUAUAAAGAUCUUUUGUGUUCUGCAACGUUUGUCCUGUAGCUGUUUCCAAAGGGAAGCACUUGCUCCUGGCUUUUCUCCAUUUCUGUGCAUUUAUAUAUACUAAGAUUUUCUGAAACUUGCUGAAAUUUAUUUUUUGAUUAGGAAGAUAUUACAGGAUGUAUUUAUGAACAUAUUUCUUUCACUCCCUUUUUUCUCUGCCACAGACAGUGGAUUUUUGCUGCAAAUCAUGAGUAAACUAUGCAUUAUAUUGUAUCGAUGUUGGGAGCAAACCUAAUAGAAGGAUUGUGUAUUUCCUUUAUAUCUAUAUUUUGAUUUUACAUUGUACUGUAAAUCUGAAACAGAACACUGUGGUGCUGGUUUCCAACAAAGACUGGUUUAACUCACUUUUACUGACACUUUUUCUGACAAUUGUGCUUACAAACAUUAGUGCCUUACGUGUAUGAAACUUAGACAUGCACUACCUACACACUGCCACAAACAUCAGUUUACUACAUUUGUUUUUACGGAGUAAACAGUAUUAUUUGGAUUCGUUAUUGCUUUUUAAAUAAAACCUUGUAUUUUUGUCAUGA